CCAGGGCUGCGGCAGGAGGAGGAGCGCAGGGGCCGGGGGGUAGUGCGGCUUGGAGGUCUGGCCGGCCAGCAGGCAGCGCGGCCUUGGCCUGUGUGACUGGGUGGCACCGGCGUGACCUCCAGCUGGAGAGGAUUCAAGAUGACCAACGAGGAACCUCUUCCCAGAAAGGUUCGGCUGGGUGAAACAGACUUCAAAGUUAUGGCACGAGAUGAGUUCAUUCUAAGAUGGAAACCAUAUGAAGCAUAUGCCCAAGCUUUGAAGGGCAAGUACACAGAUCUUAACUCUAAUGAUGUGCCUGGGUUAAGGGAAUCUGAAGAAAAAUUAAAGCAACAGCAGCAAGAGUCUGCGCGCAGGGAAAACAUCCUUGUAAUGCGACUCGCAACCCAGGAGCAAGAGAUGCAGGAGUGUACUACGCAAAUCCAGUACCUCACGCAAGUCCAGCAGCCUAGUGUUGCCCAAGUGAGAUCAACGAUGGCAGACCCAGCAAUCAACGUGUUUUUCCUAAAAAUGAAACGUGAACCCGAACAGUCUGAAGACAAACUGGAACAAGGCCAAAAUGAACUGAGUGCCUGGAUGUUUACACCUGAGAGAGGCCUGAUGGUGUUGGACUAUUCCGAAGAAGUAGCCACCUCCGAAAAAUUCCCCUUCUAG